AUGUCGAACCUCAAGCAAUGGGCAUUGGAAUAUGUGCUCUCCGACGAUGAGACUGCACAGCUAGAAAUUACAAAGAAAGCCGCAUUGGAAAUCGAGAGCUCCCGGGCGAGCAGCACAGUUGUCGGGAAUUGGGCCGCUUCUGUGCAGCAAUGGAUGACCCCGGCUAAUGCCGAGAGCGGCCCGGCUGAGGAUGGCGUUGAAGGGGUCAGUGGUGAUAUCAUUGCUCGGGCAAAGGUACAACGACUUAUUGGGUUCUUCGGAGCUAUGUUCUCGUACGACCACAAAGCAGGCAUCACGGCAUCCGCCAAGGCGUUACGGCAAUUAUACGCAGCGAAGUCUUUCAAGCCUAACAUGGGCAUCAAGAUCCUCGAAGACGUCUGCAAGAUCAAAGAGGACUUCCGGCUACAGACUGCAGCGACUAGGUUGGAGUUAUACCAGCUCUUUCUCAGCCUCAUCCAGGACCCAGCCGUCAGCAGCGAGUUGCAACACAAGUACGGCUCAUCCUGCGGUUUUGUCCUUGAUCUCAUCCAGGUGUGCCAAAGUGAGAGGGACCCACGAAAUCUCAUGAUAUGGUUCAAGAUCCUCGCCCUGUUCCUCACAGAAUACGACCCAUCGCCGGAGGUGAGCGAGGAGAUUUUCAAGGUCUUCUCAGCUUACUUCCCCAUUUCUCUGCGAGCUUCUGCCACGCCAGUUGGGAUAACGGCCGAAGAUCUCAAGGAGGCGUUGCGGUACUGCUUUUCAGCACAUCACCGUCUGGAUAUCCUCAAAACGAUUCAAGCGUGUAUUGAAAGUUACGACAACCCACAGGCAAAUCUUGUGCCCUACGUUCAAAACAUCUGGAACUCUCUCAAAUAUGAAGUUAGGAACGGCGAGGUGAAGGAGACCAUUAACGCCACCCUCCAAGUCCUUCGGGCCAUCGCGCGGAAGCUUGAUGGUACAAAGACAUUCAAGCUCGACGUCUCACUACUCAAGAGUUACGUCGAUCUUGUCUCUCGGGACUGCGGGGACGAUCUGGCCAACCCAACCUACACGAAGCAGGCCGGCCUACUUCUGAUGACGGUCAUCAGCUCCAACAUCAGGGCCUAUGUGCUCUACAACGCCGGUUUUAUAGACACCAUCCGGCAAAACCUUCGCCAACCGAAAUCACCUUCACAUGCCGCCGACCUCCUACUGCUCCUAAACUCUCUUCUCAAAACUCGGAUGGAGUUGUUCCGAGACAGGAAACAGGGCCACGCCGACGAUGAGGAGAGUCUCAAGAUAGAAGAGCGCACCCACUUAGACACAUUGUUUCAUGACGCGUACCUCCCAGUAUGGACCGCCAAAUCCAAAGAAGCAGCGUCCGAAGACAAGGACGUUCUCAAACAGGUCACACAAGGCCUCGCUCUGCUCGUCAGUCAACAGGUUCUUCAGGAAGACGGGACACCUACAUUGCUGUGCUCUGCCUCGACGUCCAGCGAGAUAUGUUCCCUCUUGAUUGCGAUCAUCACGAGGGGCCUGGCGCUGAGCUCGAAUGAUAACACCGCUGAGGAUACAACGCUAGAGGAUGAAGCUGUCUCGGCCCUGCGCACCAUUGUCGCGAACUACACUGACGGGUACGCAGAGCUUGCGGGGCGGGUCAAGGCAGAGAUCAAACAGCGCGAUUGGAGCAACCCCUCGGAGUACUCACUCGGUGCUUUGAAGGACCUCUUGUCUCGAUUCACCUUUAUUGGGUGCUCCGAGAUUCCCUCAAGCAUCCAUUUAGAGACGACACAAAAGGGCUUACCUCUGCAACAUUUCGUUACGCUGACAGCGAGUCUCUUGGGGCUUUUCCCCUUGACACCCGUGGUGAAGUCCAGCUUGGAUGAGGGCGCCACCGCAAACGCGCAUGUUAUUUCAUCGCUCCAUGCAUCCGUGAUCUGGUUCCGGGAAGCUUGUGAAGCCAAGUAUGGAGCUGAAGCUCUCACGUCGAAACAAGCGGAUGCUCAAGACUGGUUGGCCGAGUUUAGGGGACUGCCCGAACACUCGCUACUCCAAUCAGACGAAUCAGCCAUCGCAGCGUUAUCACCGUCAAGUGAUGACGGCCCCGCUAUCUACGCCCAGUUCCUCAAGCGCAGCGUCUUCAUCGUGGCGUCUCUCUACCAGUCCGCGUCGACCGGAGCUCAGGGUCCCUGGGGCGAGAAGGCCCUGGUCCAACUGUCCCAGAUGGCUGCGUUGGUGGUACGCAGCCUCGAUGAGAAACACCAGCUCUCUUGUAAUUUGGCCCACGAGGCGUUCAACUUCUUCCGCGCCACAACGGAGCCGACUGUCGAGACAUCCUCGGGCCUCGCGAGUGGGCUUUUGACUCUGGGGAUCCUUCAGGGGCUACGGCCCGCCGCUAUUACGGGACUGUACAACCCUGGUGGACACGCCGAAAGGUUCAUGAGCGAGAUUCCCGACUUUGGCGGCCUCUCUUCCUCUCGUGAGAGCGAUAUCCGGGCUGCGAUAGGAUCGAUUCUCGCCAACAAGUUCAAGCCCGGGCCGCAGGCUGCUGGAGGGGACGCUGGAGUCCUGAAAGGCGUCCUCGAGUUCUGGGCGAACUGGCUCAAAGAAUCCGCCUCAUCAACCUCCCUCGACGCAACCAGCUUCCGCGCAGGCAGCGCCAUCGGCCUCAACUUCAUAGCCGGUGCCGCAGCCCGUCAAGACCCGCAAGUCCUCACUCUCAUCCCCGCCCUCCACACAGCGGCAUCAUCCCCCACACCCAACGGCGAGAUCCUCGCCUCCUCUCUCGGCCUCAUCGUCAAACCCAGCUCGCUCCUCACGCGCGACAACCACGCCAUCACCCGACUCUUCCAUAAACAGUGGAUCUACGCCCACCUCGCUAAACCGCUCCUCCAGCCCGCCCAGCCGGGGUCUGCCGACCAGCUUGCCGCAGCACGUUAUCGUGUCGCGGUCCUAUCUGUCCUCCCGCAUUGCUCCUUUACGAUCUACCAGGAUGACCUCCCGGCGCUUAUUAGGCUGCUCGUGACCGCACUCACCAGUCAGGAGGGCUUGUCAUUGUCCGCGGACACCAUCUCGUCGCAGACAGUCGCAGCACUAGAGGUCCUGAUAGAAAUCCUGGGGAACGAGCCCGCCACACUGGCAGGCCAUGUCGGCGCUGUCAUCAAGGGUGUGACGAAAGUGUACCAGGAAAACCCCCCGUUGUCAUCUCGAAAGGACACUGCAACGGGGCCAGGGGUAACGGCAGCGAAACGGGCUUUGUGCCGGCGUCUGGCGCUGCAGGUGCUUGCGGCGGUGCCGGGGCGAUUUGAGGAGCGCCAUGUGAGGGCGUAUGUGUUGCCGACACAGAAGAUGCUGGCUGUGGCGUGUGGUGAUCCGGUGAGGAGGGUCAGGGAGGUGGCGAGGUCGGCGAGGGCGGGAUGGGCGAGGGCUGUUCAGGGGGGUUGA